UGGCCGCGGGCGGAAGCGGCGUCCCGGCCCCGCGGGUUCGCGUCCACCCGCGCCCGGCGGCGGGGCCGGAGCGGGGCCGAGAGCGGCUGAGCGGGGAGAGCGGCGGCGGGGCCGCGAGGGACAUGGGCCCGCCGCGGGGGUGAGCAGCGCCGCCCGCCAUGAGCUGCACCAUCGAUAAGAUCCUGACGGACGCGCGGACGCUGCUGGAGCGGCUGAAGGAGCACGACACGGCGGCCGAGUCGCUCAUCGACCAGUCGGCCGUGCUGCACCGGCGCGUGGCCGCCAUGCGGGAGGCGGGCGCGGGCUGCGCCGACCAGGGCCCGGGCCCCGCGGCGGAGCGACCCGACCCGUCCCGGCUGCGGCCGCACGUGGUGCUGGCGCAGGAGAACACGCAGAUCCGCGACCUGCAGCAGGAGAACCGCGAGCUGUGGGUCUCACUGGAGGAGCACCAGGACGCGCUGGAGCUCAUCAUGAGCAAGUACAGGAAGCAGAUGUUGCAGCUGCUGGAGGGGAGAAAACGUGAAGAGGCAGAACCAGUCUUGAAAGUCCAUCAGGCUAAUUCUGGGGAAAUUGAAAGUCAAAUAGACAGAAUAUGUGAGAUGGGAGAGGUGAUGAGAAAAGCUGUUCAAGUGGAUGAUGAGCAGUUCUUUAAAGUUCAGGAGAAACUGGCUCAGUUGGAGCUUGAAAACAAAGAGCUGCGUGAGCUGCUGUUGAUCAGCAAGGAGUCCUUCGAGGUGGGGAGAGAAGAUCUGCCAGACUGAAGCCUAGGCCACACAAACCUCAUCUCCAAGCCUUCAGGGACUGUUAUGAAACCACCUGACAAGGAUUUGUUGUUUCAGGUGUUUCCUUGUAUAUUUGAUUUAUCUCUAAA